UACCAACUCAUUUCAUACAAUCUUUUGGGGAUCAGAGGUUUCCAGCCAUGGCGGAUGAAAAACCACCAGUCGUGGCAGAGAAGACCUUGCAUCCUACCUCUAUCUUUAACAGUACCACUUCAAUAUCAAGAACAUUAAGAUCUAUCAAACCAGCCCAUUACUUAUUCAGGGUAGAAUCUGUGUCAGUGCUUCUGAACACAGAUAUUGAAAAAUAUGAAUCAGGUUCAUUUAAAGUGGGUGGCUACAGAUGGAGAUUGUGCCUCUACCCAAAUGGGAAUAAAAAAAGUGGUGGGAAAGAUCACAUCUCCCUCUAUUUGGAAAUAUCAGAUGCUCAAAAGCUUCCUGUUGGGUGGGAGGUUACUGUCAACUUCAAAUUGUUUGUGUUUAAUCAUAUACAUGAGAAGUACUUAACUGUCCAAGAUGCUGAUGGGAAGGUAAGGGACUUCAAUGUGAUGAAGUCUCGAUGUGGGUUUGCUCAGUUUCUUUCACUGGAUGUUCUCAAGGAUCCUUGUAAUGGAUACUUGAUGGAUGAUUCUUGCAUUUUCGGAGCAGAGGUUUUUGUUAUUAAAUACAGUGGCAAAGGGGAGUGUCUUUCAAUGAUAAAGGAUCCCGAUGAUGGUACUUUCACUUGGGUGAUUGAGAAUUUCUCCACACUGAAUGAGGAAGUCCUAUACUCUGAAACAUUCACUAUUAAAGAAAUCAAAUGGAAGUUGAGUCUCUACCCAGAAGGUAAUGGUAAGGCAAAGAACAAAAGCCUGUGCCUCUUUCUAGAGCUGGCUGAUUGUGAAACACUUCAUCAUCAAAGGAAAUUGUAUACGGAAUUCGAGUUGUUGAUAAAGGAUCAAUGCAAUGAUGAAAAUGUUGAACCAUCGCAUGUUAAAUCAAAUGCUAAGGUUUGGUUCUGUGACUCGAACAAAGAAUGGGGUUUUGCUGAUAUGGUCUCUCUGAGUGAUCUCAAUGACAAAUCCAAAGAUUUCCUAUUAAAUGAUAGUUUGAUAGUCGAAGCUAAGAUUUUGCUCAUGAUGCAUUCGAAGAAUAUCUAAUGAUGGAUUCAAAGAUCUAAAAUUGCAAAAGUAUGAUGUCCUUAUUCUAAAUUACAUUGUGUUUAUACCAAGGUAUGUAUUACAGUAAGUUAUAGAGAAGCGGAGAGAUAUUCCCCUGCUUUAACUCAUGUCAUGGUUUGGCUUGUUUGGUUUAAGUUGAAAUUAUAUUCCACUUCUAGUUUUCCAGUUUCAAUCUGUUAAAGUAAAUCUUUGAUUCUGAGCA